GGAGAGCAAGAAUCGGCCGUCUCAUCGGAGGGGAGGAUGGGGCGGCUGUUCUUGAUGAGCCUCGCGCCGACGGGGACAAUCUACUCCUGCAAGCACUGCGACACACCCCUCGCCUACGCGCACCAAAUCCUCUCCAGGUUGUUCCGCUGCAAGCACGGCAAGGCCUACCUCUUCGACAAGGUUGUGAAUGUGAAUGCCGGGGAGAAGGACGACCGGAUGAUGACAACGGGCCUGCACACCGUCUGCGACAUCUUCUGCGUCACCUGCGGAUCCAUCCUCGGAUGGAAAUACGUGUCUGCAUUUGAGAAGGAGCAGAGGUACAAGGAGGGCAAGUUCAUCCUCGAGAGGUUCAAGAUAAACUCUGGCAGCCCUACUGGCCGUGUCCAGCUGUGGGCCGAGCAUGACGGCCGCAGAAGCUCUAGCGAGGACGAUGAUCAGGGCGCCGCGUGACACUCAGUUUGCAACGCAAGACCAAUUGAUUUCCUCGUAUGACAGACAUGACUGUAUAUUGUUAGUGUUAGCUAGGGUCGUUCCCCUCGCACUGCAAAUUGCUUCUUUGCAGUUCCAACAUUAUCCCAUUCAUAUCGAAUCGUAGCUGCUAGCUAGAUAAAGAACCCUAUCGUUAUAACCAUAUGAAUCAACCUAGUUGUCCUUCUUGUACAUAUGUGAAUGUGUGUCCACUCAAUAAAAUGUUUAUCGGUUCCUGCCA